AUGCGAUACCUUCGCUCAUCGGUGUUGGUAACUACAGGGCCAGAGUCUGGCACAAAGGCAACAUGUGGAUUUUGUGGAGAGCCAUCACACUUUAAGAAAGAUUGCCUGAAGCCCAAAAGACCGACAGAUAUGACGGAGACCACUACUACUGCAACCACAGAAGAACCUGACUCAGUGAAAACACAAGAUACACCUCAAGAAUCAUCGAAGGCUAAGGACACUGAACAAACAAUACUCACGAAUGCAGCUGAAGAUUCGGAGUCUGACUCGAGCUCUAAAUCCGAUUCCGGGACAGACUCUUCAGACGAUGAAGAAAACAAAGACGAAGAAGAUGAAACACAGGACCGAACAAGACCAUGA